UCUCCCAUCGUAUUUUUCUCUGACGGCAACAUGUUCAACGUUGACUUCCGAAGCCUUUCUGAAACCAACGCGUUGCGUCCCGGUGAUUUCCCGAGCUUCGUUCAUUGGACCCGUUGUGCAACGAGAAACAAUGGCGAUCCGCGGGCAGACCACUCCAUUUGGCCCCUACGGUGGCUUGUUGCAAGGUUUCCUCCAUCCCGACCGUCAGACCGAGAACCAGGAGCGUUUGGAAGCGCUGGGUGCCGGCAGUGGUGCGGCAGACGUGGAGUAUGAACAGUUUUUGAAGGCUAAAGAGGUGCAGCGAGCCAUGUUCGCGGCCGAGAAUAAAACCAUUGUUCAUCAGAAUGCCGACACUGACGUCAUUCAAUGCACGGAAGGGUCCAUCGCUUGCAUCGAUGGGAACCAGGCAGCAGCACAUGUGGCCUAUGCCCUCAGUGAUUGCGCCUUCAUUUAUCCCAUCACACCCAGCUCACCAAUGGGAGAAAUGGUGGACGAGUGGUCUGCUCAAGGACUCAUCAAUUGCUACGGCCAGAAGCUGAGCGUCACCGAGAUGCAAAGCGAAGCCGGUGCCGCCGGAGCCUUGCACGGAGCCUUGAAGGCAGGCGCCUUCAGCACCACCUUCACAGCCAGUCAGGGCUUGCUGUUGAUGAUUCCCAACAUGUACAAGAUCGCUGGUGAAUUAUUGCCAUGCGUGAUGCACGUGGCUGCACGUGCACUUGCUGGACAAGCUUUGUCGAUCUUUGGGGAUCACCAAGAUGUCAUGGCCUGUCGUUCCACCGGUUGGUGCAUGUUGGCCUCGGAGUCCGUAGAGAUGGUCCAGUACAACGCGUUGGUGGCACACCUGGUCUCCAUGGAGCGCCGGGUGCCCGUGCAGCACUUCUUCGAUGGCUUCCGAACCAGUCACGAGGUGAACAAGGUGAAACUCAUUGACUACAACACCAUGAAACAGUUCAUCAACUGGGACGCCGUGAAGGAGCACCACGACCUGGCCAUGAACCCACGCCAUCCCCACGUGCAGGGCACCUCACAGGGUCCGGACAUCUUCUUCCAAUGCGUGGAGGCGGGCAACAGCUUCUACGACAACUUGGCGGACCUCUUCGAGGCGAAGUCCAGGUUGGUGGAGCAGAAGACGGGCGUGCACUAUGCCCUCUAUGCCUAUGACGGACACCCAGAGGCGGAGUAUGUCAUCGUGGUCAUGGGCAGUGGUGCCGUGACUUGCAGUGAGACGGCCAAGUACUUGCAGGAGAAGGGCGAGAAGGUGGGCGUGCUCAAGGUGCGUCUCUUCCGUCCCUGGGAUCGCAACCGCUUCAUGGCUGCCCUGCCGACCACCACCAAGCGCAUUUGUGUGUUGGACCGCACCAAGGAGCAGGGCUCGCAAGGUGAGCCGCUCUUCUUGGAGGUGAGCACCACCCUGAAGGCCAUGUCCAAGCCGAACAUCGUCUGCAUCGGUGGGCGCUACGGCCUGGGAUCCAAGGAGUUCACUCCCAACAUGGUGCUGUCGGUCUACGAAAACUUGAAGAAGGAUACCCCAAAGCCUCGCUUCACUGUGGGCAUCAUCGAUGAUGUAACGCACCUGUCCUUGCCGGUGGGUGAUUGGCUGAAUGUGCUGCCCAAGGGAACCACCGAGUGCAUGUUUUAUGGCUUGGGAAGUGAUGGCACGGUUGGGGCCAACAAGAGUGCAGUGAAGAUGAUUGCGAUGGGCACCGAGUUGUAUGCGCAGGCCUACUUCGAGUACGAUGCCAAGAAGAGUGGUGGCGUCACCAUUAGCCAUUUGCGUUUCGGUCCUCAGCCCAUUUACGCUCCGUACAACGUGCGCGCUGCAGACUACUUGGCAAUUCACAAGCCGAGCUACGUGGCAAAUUAUGACAUGACCCGCUACAUGAAGCCCAACGGAGUUUGCGUCAUCAACUGCUCCUGGAGUGUCUCCGAGCUCGAGAACAAGUUGCCACCGAAGAUGCGACGUGAUUUGGCCAGCAAGAAGGCAAAGUUGUACAUCAUCGAUGCCACGCAGAUUGCCGUCAAGGCUGGUCUUGGCAAGCGAAUCAACAUGAUCAUGCAGAGCGUCUUCUUCAAGCUCAGCGGUGUGAUGCCUUUUGAGGAGGCGAUUGACAUGUUGAAGAAGAGCAUCAAGAAGAUGUAUGGCAAGAAAGGUGACAAGGUGGUGCAGAUGAACAUCGACGGCGUGGACGCCUCGGUGAGCGGCAUCAUCGAGUGCCCGGUGCCGGCCAGCUGGGCCGAGAUCUCUGUGCCUGGGGAGGCUGGAGAAUCGACCCAGAUCGCCAAGGGGCCCCGGAAGAUCAUCGAUUUGGCGCCCAAGCAGUUUGCCGAUGGAGUGCAGCAGCCCUGCAACAACUUGGACGGAAAUUCCUUGCCCGUGAGCACUUUCGUUCCGGGUGGUCGUGUACCUUUGGGCACCAGUCAGUUCGAGAAGCGUGGUAUUGCCAUCAACGUGCCCAAGGUGGACAUGGAUCUCUGCACGCAGUGCAACAAGUGCAGUCUGAUCUGUCCUCACGCAGCUGUCCGUCCUUUCUUGGCAACUCAACAAGAGCUUUCUGCAGCACCCAAGGACUUCAGCGCCGGAAGCCGCGCCGCCAUUGGAGGUGGAGUGCUGGACAACUACCAAUACCGAAUCCAGGUAUCUCCAUGGGACUGCACCGGCUGCGAGUUGUGCGUCCGCAUUUGCCCUGCUGAUGCGCUGAAGUUGGCAGAUGCCGCCAAGGUCAUCGAGGAAGAGGAAGCCAACUGGAACUUCGCUGUGACCCUGCCGGACCGUGGCGAUGAGAUUGACAAGACCACGGUGAAGGGCUCCCAGUUCCAGAAGCCAUACUUGGAGUUCAGCGGUGCCUGUGAGGGUUGUGGAGAGACACCCCAUGUGAAGCUCAUGACUCAGCUCUUCGGUGAGCGCUUGGUCAUUGCCAACGCCACGGGCUGCUCCUCCAUUUGGGGCGGCUCCAACCCAUCCUUCCCCUACACUGUGAAUGCCAAGGGUGAAGGCCCCGCAUGGGCCAACUCGCUCUUCGAGGACAACGCCGAGUUUGGCUUCGGAAUGCGCAAGGCCUUCAAGCAGCGACGUGACUAUUUGGCGAACCAAGUUGAGGACACCCUGGCGGAUAAGGAGGUGCUGAUGAGCGAAGAGCUUCGGGCUGCGCUGAAUCAGUACCUGGUGAUGCGCAAGGAGAACAUGCACGACUUGCUGCUUCCUCGUGGUCGAAGUAUCUACCACCAAAUCAUGGAGAAGUUGGUGCUGUUGCUGGAGAAGGAGAAGGGUUCGCAUGCCAAGAUCAAGAAUCUCUAUGAGUUGGAAGACAUGUUUGGACGCAGCAGCUUCUGGAUUGUGGGUGGUGACGGCUGGGCCUACGAUAUCGGCUAUGGCGGCCUGGAUCACGUCAUUGCCAGUGAGGAACACGUCAACAUCCUGGUGCUGGACACAGAGAUGUACAGCAACACUGGAGGCCAGGCUUCGAAGGCCACACCCAAGGGUGCCAUGGCCAAAUUCGCAGAAAGCGGCAAGCUGACGGCCAAGAAGGACAUGGGACAAUUGGCCAUGACCUACAAGAACGUCUACGUGGCCAGCAUUUGCGUGCACGUGAACCCGCAGCAGGCAGUCCGUGCUUUUAUCGAAGCUGAUGCCUAUCCAGGACCUAGCAUCAUCUUGUCCUAUACCCCUUGCAUCAGUCAGGGAUUCCCAAUGGCCGAGUCCAUUCAGCACUGCCAGAUGGCGGUGGACAGCGGCUACUGGCCUUUGUACCGCUACAACCCCGAAGCGGCUGCGAAUGGCAACAACCCCUUCCAGCUGGAUAGCAGGAAAAUUAAGGGCGACCUCUUCAAGUUCUUGGCCAAGGAGAAUCGUUUCGCGGCAGUGAUGCGCCGCGACCCGAAACAUGCGCAGGAGCUUGAUGACAGACUGCAAGAACAGGUGGUGCAGAAGAACCACCUGUUGCAGGUGCUGAACAAGGAGGACUUGGAAGGUCAAUUCCACAAAUUGGUCGAGGGACUGUCGGAUGCCAAGAGCACAGCCGACAUGGUCACGGUGCUCUACGGCAGUGAGACCGGCAAUGCCGAAGAACAGGCCAAGAACCUCAUGCAGGACAUCCGGGCGCGCGGCUUGAAGGCGCAGGUGUCCUCCUUGGACGAUUUCGACUUCGAGGAGUUGCCGAAUCAGAAGAUCGUGAUCUUGGUGGUGUCCACCUGCGGCUUGGGCGAGUUCCCGGCCAACUCCAAGCAGACCUGGUUGAAACUGCAGUCCCAGGACUUGCCGAUGAGCUGGCUCUCUGGCACGAAAUUUGCCGUCUUCGGCUUGGGAGAUUCCACUUACAGCCAGUUCUGCGUGGCAGCCAUUCAGUUCGACACCCGCCUGGGCGAACUGGGCGGCCAGCGCAUGCUGAAGCGUGGGGUGGGCGAUGACCGCGACGAGGACCGCUACUACACCGGCUGGGAGGCUUGGUUGCCUGAGCUCUGGAAGGUCAUGGGCUUGCCGCAAAUGCCACUGUCCCAGGAAGCACCAGCACCAUGCUAUCGCGUGGAUGUGAGUGGCACAGGCAAGCCCCCAAUCAGCGACGACGACAUUGUGCCACCUGGGGCCGCAAAGCUGACGCUGCUGCACAACUCCCUGCUGGUGCCGGAGAAAUACGAUCGCGACAUCCGGCACUACGAAUUCAAGAUUGAAGGAACUCCAGUGAGCUACAAGACCGGUGACAGCUUGGCAGUAUGGCCACGCAACCCCUUGGAUAAGGUUGAGGAGUUCUGCAAAGAGAUGGGCUUUGAUGCUACGCAGAACCUCCGAGUUUUGCCCAUGGAAGGUGCUCGAAACUGGUGUCCACAGGAGCUGUCGGUGAGACAGGUCUUCAGCCACGUCUUGGACAUUUUUGGAAAGCCGAACCGAAAAUUCUUCGAGACUUUGUCUUUCUUCGUCAAGGAUGAAGCCGAUAAGAAGGCGCUGCAGGGCAUCGUGGAGAACAACGCAGAGGGCCAGGCGCUGUACCGCGACUUGACCCACGACUUUGCGCACCACGCAGAUGUCUUCAAGAAGUUCAAGAGUGCACGACCUCCCAUCGAACAGCUGUUGAAUAUGAUUCCAGUGCUGAAGCCUCGAAGUUAUUCCAUCGCCAGCAGUCCCUUAAUGCACCCGGACAAGAUUCAGCUCUGCGUGGUGCUGGUGGAUUGGACCGUCGAGAGCACUCAGGAGUUGCGACUGGGUGAGGCCACAGGCUACAUGAGACAACAGAAGCCAGGCACCACCAUGAUGUGUGCGGUGCGACAGAGCGCGAUCGUGUUACCCAAGGAUCCUGUGAAGCCUGUGAUCAUGGCCGGCAUGGGCACGGGCUUGGCCCCAUGGCGCGCCGUCACGCAGGAACGCAUUUGCCAACACCGCAGCGGACAAAAGGUGGGCCCCUGCCAUCUCUUCUUUGGUGCGCGCUACAAUGCUGAAUAUUUGUACAAGGACGAGUUCGAAAGCUACGUCAAGGAGGGAGUGCUGACGAUGCACACAGCCUUCUCUCGUGAACAGGCGCGGAAAAUCUAUGUGCAGCACAAGAUUGUGGAGGCCGGCGCGGCGGUGCACCAGUGCAUGCUGCAGCAGGAGGGCCAUUUCUACGUCUGUGGCUCCGCACGGCAAGUGCCCGAGGACAUCUACACGGCCAUGAAGGAGGUGAUGAUGGCCAAUGAACGGGUGAACGAAGACGAGGCCGAGGCCAUCUUGUCAAAUCUGAAGAUGGAAGGCCGAUACACUGUUGAAGCGUGGUCCUAAGCCAUGGGAUUUGGGCCGCCGUCCUUUCGUUCCGGUUUCAGCCUUCCAGUAGAGACAGCAGCAUCCUGUUGAUGGUUUCGUCUUGCCAC